AUGCCCAACCCCAACGUCUCCAACAUCAACGACUCGAUCUCGCCCAAGAUCCAGUCCCUCGUUCACCGCCUGUAUGCGGCGAGCGACGUCGGACCCGUCGGCCACCAGCACUAUGUGGACCUGUAUGCGCCGGACGCGACGCUCGUCAUGGGCCCCGCGACGUUCAACGGCCACGAAGGUAUCCUGGGCUGGCGCCAGAAGGGAUGGGAGGCUGUUGCGGGGCGCACCCAUAUCUGCCAGGGCGUGUUUGCGGGCAAGAACCCCAACGAGGUCAUGAUGUACGGUACCGUCGCGUACGACAUGAAGGACGGGACGCGCAAGGAGGGCAUCGAGUGGUCCGCGCGCCUGCUUACCGACGGCGGCGCACCGGAGCCCAAGAUCAAGUUCUACCAGGUGUUCAUUACUCAGAAGUAG